AUGGCGGGCAGCCCCGAGGCCAGCAGCUCGUCCGACAGCGACAGCGACGUAGUCGUGGUGGUGGGGAAGCCGAAGAGGGGUCUGCCGAGUUUGCCCGUCGACACGCCGUCGUCGGUGGUCGCGACGACGCAGGAGGACCGCGACGGAGCCUCCGUGGAGCCGUCGAGCUCGCGCGAGAGCUCCAGUGAUGGGAGCGGCAGCGAGAGCCUAGGCUCGGAGGACACAGAAGAAGACUCGGAGGGGUACGAGGACGCAGAGGCGAACCGCGCGCGGCGCGAGGCGAACAUCCGCGCGAUGCUUGACGACGACAUCCAGGUGGAGCGCAAGUCGAUCAUGCCAAAGCUGUUGACGAUCGCCGAGGGCGAGCGCAUCCUGCGGUCGCCGUUCGUCAACCCGCAGACGGGCUCCGCGACCAUGUCGAAGUCCCUCAAGGCGCGCCUGCACGUCUCGAAGCUCUUCGUCCCCUGGGGCAGCAAAUCGAAGUUCGCCGUCCCCGCACCCGUCAACGCCAGCACCUCCUCCGGAUCGGACGAAGCCAUCAAGAAGGCCGAGCCCGCCGAGGACGUCGACGUCAACCCGCUGCGCCUCUGGGCGCCCCCCGAGGGCGUCCCCGGCAACACGGCGGACGUCGACCCCAUGCUAACCAAGUGGCUCCGGCCGCACCAGCGCGAGGGCGUGUCCUUCAUGUUCGAGUGCGUCACGGGCAUCAAGGGCUACGGCGGGCAGGGCCUCAUCCUCGCGGACGACAUGGGCCUCGGAAAGACCCUGAUGGGUAUAAGCCUGACGUGGUCGCUGAUGAACAACGGCCACGAGCUGCUCGGCGGCGACCCGAUCGCGAAGCGCGCGGUGAUCGUGUGUCCGACGUCGCUCGUGAGCAACUGGGCCAGCGAGUUCGUCAAGUGGCUGCAGGGCCGCUGCAAGACGCUGCCGCUGGAGGACGCCAGCGCGGACGAGGUCGCGUCCUCGAUCGAGCAGUUCCUGCACCCGCGCCGGCCCUACCACGUCAUGAUCGUCUCCUACGAGACCUUCCGCAAGCACGCGCACCGCUUCGAGCGCCCCGGCACCUGCGACCUCCUCAUCUGCGACGAGGCGCACCGCCUCAAGAACCCCGGGACGCAGACGAACCGCGCGCUCAGCGCGAUGGACUGCAAGCGCCGCGUGAUGCUCACGGGCACGCCCAUCCAGAACCACCUCGACGAGUUCUACGCCAUGGUGUCGUUCGCCAACCCGGGCGUGCUGGGGGACCCGGGGGAGUUCCGGUCGCGGUAUGAGGCGCCGAUUCUGGCUGGGCGGGAGCCCGGGGCGCCGGACGACGUGGCGGAGCUGGGCCGGAAGCGCACGGAGGAGCUGUCGGCGCUGGUGAACCAGUUCAUUCUACGCCGCACCAACGCGCUGCUGUCCGAGCAUCUGCCGCCCAAGGUCAUCCAGGUGGUGUGCUGCAAGCUCACCGCCAUGCAGGAGCUCCUGUACGACCACUUCCUGCAGUCCAAGGCUGCGAAGCAGCUCCUGGCGCAGAGCCGCGCGGCGGCGGCGGGCGCGGACGUCCCGAAGGCGAAGAACGCCGCGGGCGCGCUCCCGGCGAUCGACGGCCUCAAGAAGCUGUGCAACCACCCGAAGCUGAUCUUCGACGGCAUCGUGUCGGGCAAGGGGCGCGGGCAGGACGCGACGGUGGGGUUCGACGGCGCGGAGGUGUACUUCCAGGGGUGCAAGUACGGCGACGGGCGCGCCGGGGGCCGCGGGAUGGAGGAGGGGUGGGAGGCCGACAGCGGGAAGAUGGCGGUGCUGGCGCGCAUGCUGCACGCGCUGUGGACGCGGACGAAGGACCGGAUCGUGAUCGUGUCCAACUACACGAAGACGCUCGACCUCAUCCAGGAGCUGUGUCGCCAGAAAGGAUACCCGCAGGUGCGGCUGGACGGCACGAUGGGCGUCAAGAAGCGUCAGAAGCUAGUCGUGGAAUUCAAUGAUCCGCACAAGCCGCAGUUCGUGUUUCUGCUGUCGAGCAAGGCCGGCGGGUGCGGGCUGAACCUCGUCGGCGCGAACCGCCUGGUCCUGUUCGACCCGGACUGGAACCCCGCGAACGACAAGCAGGCGGCCGCGCGCGUGUGGCGCGACGGGCAGCGCAAGCGCGUGUUCGAGUACCGGUUCCUGUCAGCGGGGACGAUCGAGGAGAAGAUCUUCCAGCGGCAGCUCUCGAAGGAGGGCCUGCAGCAGGUCGUCGGCGGCGGCACCGGCGGCGCGGUCGGCGGCGAGGGCGAGGGCGAGGGCGGCGGCAACGACGCGAACAGGAGUCUGUUCUCGCUCGCGGAGCUGCAGGACAUCUUCACGCGCAAGGAGACGCGGUCCGACACGUACGACUCCGUCGUGUGCGAGACGCGCGCGCGGGCGCCGUCCGACGAAGCGAUCGACGUGGACGCCCCACAGGCGGAGGCCGCCGCGAGCGACGCCGGCGGGGGCGCGGGGACGCCAGCCGAGGUGCUCAAGGAGCAGGACGGCACGCCGACGAUGGAGGACUUGAAGAAGUGGGGCCACCACUCGCGCGUGGCGACGGUGCCGGACGAAGUGAUGCAGGAGGUGGGGGAUGUGUCGUUCGUGUUCACGUGCGAGGUGAGCGGGUGCGAGAUCAAGGAGGCGUGCGGGUUCGCGUCGGGUGGGCAGGCGUCGCGCUUGAAGGCCGCGGCCGGCAGCGGCGUCGGGCGUGGGUCGUUCCGCAAGCCGGCGCGCGUGGGGCCGGGGGCGCUGCAGAGCGUGGCGAACGUCGCGGCGAAGCGGGGCGCGGGCGUCGCCGCGGCGCCGGCGGCCAAGAAGGCGAGGCCUGUGCAGGCGAAGGAUCUGUGGGACAGCGACUGA